UCUUCAUCAAUUGAUUUAAUUCCCUUCUCUCAUUCUCUGCAUGUCUCUCUAAAACUCAGCGCAAAUCAAAACAACGAAAAAACUCAUAAUUAGAUCGUAAUGGCGUCAGAUCUGAAACCGGCGUACGCAUACACGGUGGUUUACGUCAAGGAUGUUGCUAAAUCCGUCGAGUUUUACGGUAAGGCGUUCGGAUACCCUGUUCGUCGUUUGGACGAUUCCCACAGAUGGGGUGAGCUAGAAAGCGGACAGACAACAAUUGCGUUUACGCCGGUGCAUCAACAUGAAACGGAUGAUCUCACCGGAGAAGUUCAGGAACAGAAAUCGAAAACCAGAAGGAACCAAGUUGAGGUAUGCUUUGCUUAUGCAGACGUGGAUGCUGCAUACAAGAGGGCGGUGGAGAAUGGGGCGGAGGCGGUGUGCCCACCGGAGGAUAAAGCAUGGGGGCAGAAAGUGGGGUAUGUUCGUGAUAUCGAUGGGAUUGUGGUGAGGAUGGGAAGCUUUGUGAAGUCGCGUUGAAUCUUGUGCAUGUAUGUAUGCAUACACACUGUGUGGGGUUGUGGUGGGUCAUGUGUUAAAUAAUAUUAUAUACUAAGUAUAUUUUGCUUUUUUCAUUGAGGUUAUCGUUUCACGAUUUCUUCAUAAAACUCAUAUAGGGGAUGUUCGCUUGUAUGUAAUUAUCU